AUGAAAUUAAAACAAGAAAUCACUAAAUUUUUCGAAGCCAAUCUAGAAUUUUCAAAGAAAAGUAAAUCACUCUAUAAUGAUUACAAAAUAAAAAGUUAUACUUUUGACCAAUCUCAAAAUCAGCACAAUCUUACCGUUAUUGCCAGAAAUCCUAAUGAUAAAAAUCAAACCAAUUAUCAACUGGAAAAAGUUGGAGAUUUACAUCCUGAGUUAGUAAAAUGUUUACAAGAAAGGGAAGAAAUAAAAUAUUUAACGGAAAAACAAGAUGCUCAGGAGUAUUUAAACAAAAAAUAUCCCAAAGAAGGAAGAAAUGAGGUAGAAAAAUUAAACCUUGUUGGCAUAAAAGAGUUAACUGGUGUGAAUUUAAGCAAUUGUUUGUCACUAGAAAAGUUAUACUGUUCGCAUAAUUUAUUAACUAAUAUUAACUCGUUAUUAGGCAAGGUUAAUCCCAAAAAAAUGAAAGAAAUUGAUUUGUCUCAUAACCGCUUUUCUCAGACAGAUUUAAAUAAUUUUAGUAAAUUUGUCAAGCUUGAAACCUUAAAUAUCUCUAAUAAUUUUUUCACCGGUUCCCUACUACCUUUGAAAGAAUUGACUAAACUACAAGAAUUAAAUAUUAAUAAUACUAAUAUUAAAAGUGAAUUCUAUAAUAGUCCGGCUCGGGAGUGGUUGGAUAGCCAAUACCCCCACGAUGAAGAUUCAGAAGAAGAAAAUUUUGGAUUGGACUUAUUAGACGAAGAAAAAAACACACUUAAAAAAAGGGAGGAAAUUACUGAGUUAGACAUUAGCAAUCAAAAUCUGCAAGGACCAUUAAAACUGAAAGGUAAUCAAAAACUCCUUCCCCAAGAUUUAAGUAUUUUACUUUCUCUUCAAAAUUUAAAGGAACUGAAUUUUAACCAGUGUCCUUUUGAAGGAAGUUUAAAACCCUUACAAAAUCUAAGUAAAUUAGAAAGGUUAAACAUUAGCGAUACAAAUAUUAGUGAAGGUUUGGAACAUUUACCAAAAAGUUGCACAAUACUUUAUUGCAAUAGUGAAUAUCAAUAUAAAUCAGUUAAAAUUAUGGAAGAAUUAGAUAAAAGAAUCAAAAAAGAAAAUACUAAAAGCGAAUUGAGUAAGUUAAAAUCUCCGGAACAGUUCAAUAAAUUUGGCUACCUCAGUGGUGUGGAAUCAGUCUCUACUUCGACUACUGUUUUAGGAGGCGCUUUAACCCUGUUAGACUAUUCUACUACUGGGGGAGUAAUUGCCUUGGUGGCUCCUUUAAUUGGUAGUGGAGCUUCCCAAAUAAAAACUAGUUAUUAUGAGAGUGAUAAGGAUAAAUGGGAUGAAUUUCUAACCGAUGCUGACAAUUUUUUAGAUAAUUACCAUGAAUUAUUAGGAAUACUUAAAAGGAUUGGUGGUGGUAAAUUAGGGAAAAUAAAUCAAGCACUUAAAAACCUAAACAAGCAAGUUAGCGGUUUUUUAAAGGAAUAUGACCAAGAUGGUAAUAAGGAAAUAGAAAUUGAGGAGUUAAUUAACAAAAGAACUAAGUUUGCCGAAGAAUUAAACAAGUUAGAAAACAUUAUCAAAGCAAUGAAAGAGUUAGAAAAUGAAGUAGUUAAUUAUCAAAAGGGUUCUAAAAUUGAAGAAAGUGGCGAAAGCGAACAAGAAAGUGAAGAAUUAGAAUUAGAAAACCGACAUGAAGAGACAGCAAAAAUUAGGUCUAGGUUAACUUUAUGUGCUUUUUGUCAGUUAGUUAAAAAUUAUUGA